AAGGUGAGCACGCUCGGCGAGCGGGACGAGGCGCCGUCGGGCUGCGGGACUCGCGUGCCCCCCCGCACCAUGAGACCCGAGGCGGCGGCCGGAGUCCGGGAGGCGCUGGGAAGCUUCUGCCACUGUCCCGGGGAUGAUCCCGGGAGGCCACCGCUGCCGCGCGGGCCCGAAAGUUCUGUUCCAGCUCUGUGGAGACCGUGGGUGCCGCCUCCUGGAGAUGCCGAGCUGACCAGAACUGAAAGCCGGUGUGAGCCUUGGGGGAGCCAGCAAACUUCAGGAUCAAAGGGAGCCUUUGGGUUCCAGCACCCAGUCAGGCUUUACUUACCACUUUCAAAGCGACAAGAAUACCUGCAGAGCUCUGGGGAAAAAGUGCUGGCCAGCUUCCCAGUGCAAGCCACCAUUCAUUUCUACAACGAUGAAUCCGAGUCAGACUCCGAGGAGGAGCAAGAAGAGGAGGCGCAGCCCAAGUGUCUGCAGAGCCAGGAGGCACAGGACAGGGCAGUGGCCCAGCAGGAAAGGGCAGAGUAGGGCUGGCAGGCCUAUAGGAAGGAAGGAAGGAUGGUGUCCGGGGUAAGGGUCAGCGGCUUGCAGGGGGCAGUGAGUACUCCAGCAAGUGAAGUGCGUCUGGGGGCAGCCUUGCCAGGAUGCAGGUCAAGUGUGUGCAUGUAUGUGAUUCUCUGUGUGUGUGUGUUUGUGUGUUUGUGCGCGCACGCAUGCGUGCAUGCAUAGGUCUGUGUGUGUCUGUGCGUCUCUCUCUCUCUGUGUGUGUGUGUCUGUGUGUCUGUGUCUGUGUGUCUGUGAUCCGUACCUUUGGGUGUGUGUCAACACAGGUUGUUAUCAGGAAGAAGACUUUCCGAGCUCAUUCAGCUCUUACUCUGAAAGCUACUCCCUCCUAAGAACACCAUCCCUCCCUUGCCCAGAGACCCAUUAUCCAGCCUAUCUUGCUUUCAUAAAAAUCAUUUACAUAUUAACUCUCAUAUUAAGGGUUUAUUUGGUUCCUCAGUAGCUGUCUGAAAAAAAUGGUUUUUUUUUUUUUGUAAAAACAACAAAAAAGUGAAAUACUGAAUAAUUUCUACCGGAGUAAGAAGCAAGAAAAUAUGAUCUUUUUAGGGGAUAAAAUAGGUGUUUCUGAGAGCUGGAUAAGAGUUGUGUGUAUAAGUUGUAAAGGGUUAAUUUUUUCUUACUUGGUGGCCAGCAUGGUCUUGUUAUUUGUGAGGAAUAGCACUAUUUUUUUUAUUAAAGUAUCAAAAUUACUUUGAAUUUUAUCAUUUUGAUAGCCCAAGGACUGUGCUUCUCAAGGCUUC